AAAGUACAGGGACUGCGCUGCAACUUUCCGAAAAAGAAACCCCCGAUCCCCGUUUACACUCCUCCUCUCACUCUCCCCUUUCCCCUCCCCGAACCUUAGUUGGAGGACGAAGACGAAGAGCCCAUCUCGUUCUCUCUCGACUGAUCUCUCCGUUUCGGAGUAUCUUUGUGAUGUGUAAUGGCUUGUCAAACUUGGGGCAAAAUUGCUAAUAUGAGUGUGGUCCUUUAAUUAUUCAUCUUCCCACUUUGCAUCAAUGGCUUCUGUGACUAUGGGGCCUCCAACUGUGCUAAAAAAUGCCGACGGUGGGAGUAUUCCAGUGGAGAGAUUACCUGACGUAAUGAAUGACAUGAAAAUAAGGGAUGAUAAGCAGGAAGUGGAAGCAAUGGUUGUUGAUGGGAAUGGGACGGAAACAGGCCACAUUAUUGUGACAACUAUUGGUGGUCGAAAUGGCCAACCUAAACAGACUAUAAGUUACAUGGCAGAGCGCAUUGUUGGGCAUGGAUCUUUUGGAGUUGUGUUUCAGGCAAAGUGUUUGGAGACUGGUGAAAUGGUAGCAAUCAAGAAGGUUCUUCAGGACAAGAGGUAUAAGAAUCGUGAGCUGCAAACCAUGCGAAUGCUCGAUCACCCAAAUGUGGUGUCUCUGAAGCACUGCUUCUUUUCAACCACUGAAAAGGAUGAGCUUUAUCUUAAUUUGGUGCUCGAGUAUGUGCCCGAGACAGUUAACCGUGUAAUCAAGCACUACAACAAGAUGAACCAGCGCAUGCCAUUGAUAUACGUGAAACUCUACCUGUAUCAAAUUUUAAGAGCAUUGGCUUAUAUUCAUGGUAUCGGUGUGUGCCACAGAGAUAUCAAACCACAAAAUCUUUUGGUCAAUCCUCACACACACCAGCUGAAACUAUGUGAUUUUGGAAGUGCAAAGGUUUUGGUGAAAGGGGAACCCAACAUAUCUUACAUUUGCUCUAGAUAUUAUAGAGCUCCUGAACUCAUUUUCGGUGCCACAGAGUACACAACAGCUAUCGACAUUUGGUCUGCAGGUUGUGUUCUGGGUGAGCUGCUUUUGGGACAGCCUCUUUUUCCUGGUGAGAGUGGAGUUGAUCAGCUGGUUGAAAUUAUUAAGAUUCUGGGUACCCCAACUAGAGAAGAAAUAAAAUGCAUGAACCCAAAUUACACUGAGUUUAAGUUCCCACAAAUAAAAGCUCAUCCAUGGCAUAAGAUCUUUCACAAAAGGAUGCCAGCUGAAGCCGUUGAUCUUGUUUCUAGGCUUCUGCAGUACUCUCCACACCUACGAAGCACAGCUUUGGAGGCGCUAAUCCAUCCCUUUUUCGAUGAACUCCGAGAUCCAAACACCCGCCUUCCGAAUGGCCGAUCCUUCCCCCCACUCUUCAACUUUAAACCUCACGAGCUGAAGGGAGCCCCAAUGGAGAUUGUAGUGAAGUUGAUCCCCGAGCACGCAAGGCAUCAGUGUCCCCUUUUGGGAUUGUAAUCUAUUCAAUCAAAUACUACUCUUAACAUAGCCAGAUGUGUAGCUUUAUUAUGCCUUAAAAAAGGAUAAACUAGAGACCAUGAAUUCAGGUGACUUCGUGCACUUUAAUCUCAUCGAAGCUGUGUUCGCAGCGUUUCCGUGUAUUGCUAUCACUGCCUCUAGUUACAUGAGGCAGAUUAUUAGGGGUGUGUUUCUAUGUAUCUCCUACGAAAUCGACAUGGGAUUUCUCUACGAUCCUUUGCUCUAAUUCACAUAAUCAGUUCAUGGUGUAACUGAAGAGAGGCAUUUGCUUUACUCACGUUGAACAGUUAAAAAAGGAACAAUAUCAUGUUAGGAGAAUUUGGGCAAAUCUAAAUAUGUAAAUAGAAACCUUAUUAUUCGUGCA